GUGUGAUACAGUCUUAAUGUAAUUUGACAUGCUGUAGAAGCCAGAUAUCAAACCAAAGGCGACAGACUCACACUUCAGGAUCCAAGAGGGCAGGGCCUAAAGUCGAAGUGCCCAUGUGUACACCUCCUCUACCUCUCAUGUUCAGCUGAUGAGUGCCUCUUACUGAAGUCUGACGGACUGUGAAGGACUUGCCUUGUCAGAAGAACUCUGCAAGAUCACACCCGAGGUGCUGCUUUUGGUCUUUCCACGCUUUCCUCCUCUAUCCCUCACUCAUUUCUCUUAUCGAGAGGAGGCUCUUGAAGCACCAGACAAACCUGAAGGCCGUCGGACCCCAAGGGGACACGGUAGCCAGAGGAGACCAUGACAAACCCUUGCACGGUGGCUCUGGAACUCUUUGGGAUGCUGAUCGGGGCAGGAGGCUGGUUCUGUUCACUGGCCGCCACCAUCAUGCCUCAGUGGCUGUCACGUUCAACUGAACUGUUCGCCACAGAGAGCUUUGAACAAGGGCUUUGGGAGGUCUGUGUGAUCCAGGAAGUGGCUGGCAUGGAGUGUCGUCCCUAUGACACCAUCCUAGGUCUUGACCCCACUGUGAUGCUGGCACGAAUUCUGAUGUGCAUGUCGAAUGCCACUGGGCUCCUCGGGAUUCUCCUCGCCAUCCCUUCCAUGAGUCAGAUCAAGUGCUGUAAGGGCGAGGAGGGACGCAAGACCAAGAGAGGGCUGAAGAUCUCAGCUGCCGUGUUUUUGUGCAUCGCCGGUUUGUUGGUUCUCACUCCAAUAUCUUAUGUUGCUCACGAUACAGUGAUGAGAUACUUCGAUGAGAGUGUGCCUCAUGUGGUGCCGCGCUCUGAGUUUGGGGAUGCGCUGUUCAUUGGCUGGUCUGCAGGACUUCUUUACAUUGUGGCAUCCGUGCUGUUGUUUGCCUCUUGCACUGACUCAGGAAACAGUGAGCCGCACUUGGUGUAUCACCAUCGAAGGCAGGAUACCAGAACUUUGGAUAGAUCAGGAAAACGCACCGAGUACGUUUGAGACGAUUCUCACUGUCUUAAAAUCCCUGUUGAUAUUUCUUUUUAAAGAAAUUUUAAAAUUCUUUUAAGAACUUUUAACAUUCAAUCAUAAUAAAGGACUUUCUUAUGAUGCAUUUAUCCUUCAAUAUUUGAGCAGCCUGAAUUUUGUGUUUUCAAUGCCUUCAGUAUGCAUGUAGCGUCUGGAAAAAGUGACAACAAUAUCUUUGUUAUUACUAUUUUGUGAA